AUCUUGUGUCACCUUCGCGGGGUUCCUCGAGCUUAACUUGCACUGGUUAUCAAACAUUCCGGGCUCGCAUUGAUCAUCAAAUACUUUAUCGACGCACAGCGGCAUUUUCUAUGAACUCUGUUUUCCGGCAUCCCCUUCGCCUAUAUUCCACGAUGUCUGCAUCAGCCCCCACCUCGUCGCCAUUCACGCGGGCCGUGGUGAGCUCCAUGCGGAAGCUCUACCCAGAGUCAUUGGCAGAUAAGAGCUGGGACAAUACCGGCCUACUCCUUGAAGCGCCCUUCGAUCACACUCGCAGACAGAGAAACUCCGCUCUCCUUGCAAUUGACCUCACCAAAGCAGUCGCAGAUGAAGCAAUCGCCCGCCGAGACUCAGUAGUGGUGGCCUACCACCCAAUUAUCUUCCGCGGCCUCAAAUCCCUCACAUUCAACGACCCCCAACAAUCCACCCUCCUCCGCCUAGCUCAAGAAGGCAUCAGCGUCUACUCUCCGCACACCGCUAUCGACGCAACCCCGGGCGGCAUGGGCGACUGGCUGUGCGACAUCGUCACCAGCGCAAUCGCCCCCACGCCCAACACAAAGCCCACUGUCCAAAAGUCCUCAUCAGCGCACUACUCCCACGCCACAUUCCCGCAACCACAGCCAUCCUCUCCUGCGACGCCUGUCCCUCACGUCCGAACCACCAUCAUCCCGUCUCCGGCGCCAGUGCCCGAGGGAAUGGAGUCAGCUGGAAUGGGUCGCAUCGUCACCUUUGACGAGCCACAGCCUCUCACCGCCAUCGUGGAUCGCAUCGCCCAGGGUGUCGGAUACCCUGGCGGUAUCCCUAUUGCUAUCCCGCAGACUGCCUCGGUCGAGGACCUGAAGAUCCGGACCGUGGGCGUGUGUCCAGGUUCUGGAUCCAGCAUCUUGCUGAAGGGCACUGGCGGUAAGAUUCCGGAUCUACUCUUCACGGGUGAGUUGAGUCACCACGAAGCAUUGGCGGCUGUGGAGCGUGGCUCGGUCGUUAUUGCGCUCGCACACUCGAAUACUGAACGGGGGUAUCUGCGCGCGGUAAUGCGAGAGAAGCUGGCGGAUGCGGUCAAGAAGGAGUGGGAAGAUCAGCGCGCGGAGGGUCUGAAGACGGCUGGCGUACAUCUGAAGGAUGUGCUCGACGAUGCCGAGUGCAUUGUCGAUGUCAGUGAGCGGGAUCGCGAUCCCUAUGGCAUCAUGAUCCGACAGAUCUAG